AUGCGUUCGUUCAUCGCCGCUCUGUUCAUGGCCGGUGCCGUCACCGCGCAAUCUGCUAGUGAGUACUACGACUGCGCAACUGCUGCUCUCGAGGGCAUCGACGUGUCCAAAUUGAAAGAUUGCACCAACUUGAACAACACGCAGUGCCUGUGUGCAAACAAAGAUGCGAUCUCUGAGCUGACACAAUCUGCAAAAGAUGCCUGCAACAAGGCCGGUAUCGCCAUGGACGACCUUGCCUCCUCCCUGUGCGGUGCUAGCGGCGACAAAAUGGCCGCCCCCGCUCGCCACGGCAGUAGGCCCAUGGAGCCCGCUGGGGACCUGAACAUGCGCGCCUACUUACCCAGCGACGACAGCCAGGCUCGCAUCAUGACCGUCACCGUGACCGAGUCCUGCGCCUGCAAGGCCACCCCCACCAGUUCCAUGCACGUCUCCCAGAUCCCCGUGUUUGUGCCCUCCAGCAGCAGCAUGGGUGGUAUGGCCGCCGCUUCGUCGCCGUCCUACUCCUACGGUAUCCGGGUUGGUGCUUCGUCUUCGUCUGCCGUCUACUCGCAGAUGGCGGCUACCCCUACUCCCAGCGGUGCUAGUGCCAACCGCUUCCACACCUUCGAGGGCGCUGCUCCCCAGGUCAAUGCAGCCCACGGCGGUGUUGCUGCUCUGGGUGUUGCUGCCGUCAUGGCUCUGAUGAUUGCUCUGUAA